UCCUCUUAGCAACCUGAGCAGCCCUAACAAAACAAGCUUGUAAGGCUGCGGCAAUUAUCUCAGUUUCAGGGGUACCAUGGGGGAGCAGUGGCUGCCAUGGAAUCGCCCCCGGCAAGUGCUUCAGCCAAUGCCUCUGGGAAUGACCAGCAAGCCCUGGUUCAAGGACAGGUUGCCUUCUAAGUGUUUUGCGAAGCACAAACAGGAACAACUGAAGUUCCCUACCUCUCUUGAUGGCCGACGCUGGGUGUUUGUGAAGGAAGGGCUGGAUGAUUUCAGGAAGGGCUGUCCGCCUAGUAAAGGUAUGAUCAUUCGGGGCCCCAAAGAGGGUUUUCUCCCAACAAUUACUCAUCAAGUCCACCGUGGAUCGAAAAAGAGUAAGCAAAAACGGUGUCAAGACGUAAACCUGUUUUCUUCUCUAUCAUUGGCUCAGCAAGCUCGUAAGUCCUUUGUGGAGAAAACAGAAGCAAACCUGACCCAGCAUCCAUUGGCCUUCUGGCCCCUGGAGGAAGGAGUUCCUAGCGAUAUUGAUUUCUUAGAAAAUGUGCUGGAAGCUCUGGACACUGACCAGAAGCUGGAGGAGAAAUUGAAUCAAUGUGAGGUCAGCAGAAAAUCUAUUCAAUCUGUCCAUCUGCCAAGUGUGGCUGAGGACUACCCUGAAAAACAAGAAGAGCGGGAACCUCCCAAGUUUCCUGGGGCACGUAAACAUGGUGUGCUUCAUGACAAAAAGCCUCGCAAAAAGAACCCUGCCAAGGAGUCUCUUUAUUACCGGCAUAUACCCAAAGGAGUCUAUGACUUCUGUGCAUGGGUUGACUCCUUUGGAGACUUGGGCAUUGACGAACAUUUCAUGAUGAAACAAUUCGAUAUUGGCUAUGAGUGCAAACCAGUCUAUACUGACUCUGCCAUCAAGAAAAUCAGCCUGCUCCCUACAGAUCUCAGGUUAUGCAGAAGGCUUAGCAAAGUGAAGGAGAUUAGAUUCUCCAUACAGGAGGCAAACUUUGAAAGGAAACUGCGAAAACCGAUUGAUCCUUACAAGCCCACCAGGGAUAAGAUAAGAUACGGUGCAUGGUACCUGAAGCCAUAUCUAUGGAAAAAGCUAGUAAAUGAUGAGCCUUUGUUGGACCCUGAAGAGUUAUUUGAACUUGAAGGUGGAAGACCUGGUAAACCAGACAUCAUUGAAGAUCUUUAUGGAACAAUUGCCUUUAAAGAUUUCAUCAUAAGCAAAGGCUACAAUAUGCCAACCAUUCUUGAGAAGUUGUUUAUGAGGAAAGGAUGGAAUUACGACACUGUCAACACUCCGAUACCAAGAGUACUAAAAGCACAUGAAUUGAUCAUGCAGCAAAAGGAUGAAGAUUAUGAUGAUGAAAAUGACUAGCUGGUUUUUCAUGUUAUUUGACUUUAUUCUACUCUCAUUUCAAAUAUUGAACAGAAUAUAUAUGAUGAAGAUACCACUAAAUUUGACCAUCUUUUUAGAUGUAAGACUUCAUGUUUAGAAACAUUUCUCAAUGAACUCAAGUGGACUUCUCUGCCUGCAUAAACAUCUUAUCAACUACAAGAUCAACAUUCAUAUAUACAGUGCUUAAAUUUAUUUACUAUUGAGAAUAUGGCAUAGUCACAUCAGUUACUUAUAAGAUACAAAAAUUAAUAAAAAUCUGGAUUA